AUGUAUAUAUACAUUCUGCUCCAGAGGUUGAACCAAGUUCAUAUUACUUUGUCACAUGAAUCGAAAAGGCACUUGCUUGAAGACUUUUCGGAUUACAGUUCCGACCAAAUUGUCAGAAAUUGUUCCAAUGGUAUGGAUGACAAAAUUAAUGGAGAUCAUUUAGACUUAUAUGUGAAAACAAAUGACAUCAGAAGGAACAAUAAGAUCAAAGACUUGCAUUAUUUUGCUACUGAUUUCACAUUUGACCGUGUGCGUUUAGACCAUCUUGAAGACACAACAGCAGUUGGAGAUGCUAACAGCAUUGAUGCUCAAAUGUUUAUUCCAUCUACAGAUGAAAUGACUGUGUACCGAAAAUCACUUAAGUAUUUGAUAGGUAGAGAACUGGCACAAAAUAUCAAGGGACUAGAUUGGAUGAAUGCCAUCAUACCAACACAUAUCCCCCAUGAUAUGGACAAAGUGAUGUGUCUAAAGUCAAAUUUUUUUUGGCUUCCUUUACAGUUGAAGAAUGAAAUGUAUAAUGAUCAGUGCAUUCAAAUCAUGAAUGAGUUGGAGAAACAUGUGAACACAAUCUAUUCUAAAGCUGGAAGAGUCAAAAUGGUUAGCAUGGAGGAUAGUCCUAAACACCCAUUGCUGAAAAACAACAUGAAGUAUAUGCAAAACAAACCAAAAGAGGAAAUUUUUGAUACCAUAAUGGAGGAGAUACUGGACUAUAGUUUACCUCAUUUUCAGCUUGAUGAUGACAAAAUGAAUACAGAGACAUUGGAGUUGGAGGUAUCAGUUCCGGCUGCAGGACUUAAAGUGGAAGUUACUGGCAAAAUGGAGGGAAAUACUGUAUCAUUUCCAUUAUGUUUAAAUAGAGGCAAAGGAAAGAAUAAAGCUGCACACACGCAGAAAGAGAAUGAGAUUAGAGUAUUAAAAGAUCUCAUCAGGGGAUUAGGCAGAGAACUUUCAAAGUCAAGCAAGGUCACUGAAACACCAUUUAACUUUGACAAGAAUAUGUUCAAACUUAGUGUUUUAACAACUGCAAAUCGCCUUAAACUUGGGAUACCAAUCUCUGAUUUGGAAGAAGAGGACAUGGAUGGAGAUGAUGAGGAUGAUGGACAGUGA